AUGACCAAGACUGGAGAUCUCGAUCCUCACGCGCAACCUCCGCCACAUUUACGUGUGCUUUUCAAGCGAUGGCGCACAGCGAGCGUCGAGGACAUACACGCCAACAAUGACCUUGAAAUUAUCGACUCUCUGCUGAUUGCUGACGAUGAACGACUCUUCCCAUCCAUUUCUUCUGUACAAAGACAAUCGUUUAUGAUACAUGCUUUCCAACCAUUCCUGCACAAUGAUGAGCUUCCGGACAAAGCGCAGAAGUCGCAAUUUUUCGAGCUGAAAGACUUACCUGGUCUCGUUAUUGCUCCCUCCGUGUUAUCCGUUCCUGUACAAGCUGUAUUGCUGGAUAAGCUUUUCCACCGAGACUGCAGCAAUCCUCAGCACAACAAUAACUUAACGCCAUUCUACGAUAUUCCAUAUCAAUCCUUGUCGAAGGACGCAAAACACCAGCCACUAUCUCUCUUCUCCAUCAACCAGAAUACUCAGCUGCAGCCAAAAGACCCUGUUUUGCACAAACCUCUUACCAUCAAGCAGGUUCUUGACAAGAAAUUGCGCUGGAUAACUCUUGGUGGCCAAUACGACUGGACCAACAAGCAAUAUCCAGCUGAAGAACCACUCGAUUUUCCAGAGGACAUAGCCACUUUCAUCACUAACGUUUUCCCUGAGAUCGAGCCUCAAGCAGCCAUCCUCAAUCUCUACUCACCUGGCGAUACUCUAAGUCUACAUCGUGAUGUUAGUGAGGAUUGUGACCAGCCUCUUGUCAGCAUCAGUAUGGGCUGUGAUGCGCUAUUUUUGGUUGCCAAUGAGGAUGGUUCGAAGCAUGCUGUGAUUCGAAUAAGGAGCGGCGAUGCUGUCCUCAUGUCUGGACGGUCGAGAUAUGCCUGGCAUGCUGUGCCAAAGGUUCUUGCUAACACGUGUCCUCCAGAUCUGCGAAACUGGCCAGCGUAUCCUGAAAGCAACCAAGCACGAUUCAAGCAAUGGACAGGAUGGCUCACCAACAAGAGGAUCAACCUUAACGUCCGGCAGAUGCGCACAAGGACUUGA